GUGGUCAUUUCUAAUUUUAAGACUUAAUUGGUACCUUUAUUAGUUGAAUCUUCUCUCGAGUCUUGGUAGAAGGCAGCAAAACAGGGAAGGAAAGAUGGAUCCCCCUCCUCGUCGUUCGAAAACAGUAGAGAUACUAAACAGCUACCGUGGUGCCAAAUUUAUAUGGCGUGCUGUUCUCAUCUUCAAUCUUGGCCUUGGAGCUUACCUCUUUACAAGACCUGCUAAGGAGAAAAAAGCUACCACUAGACAACCCAUUGCUCCAGCUGAGACUACUACUCCCAUUGCACCCGUUCCUCAAAAAUUUGAACCCAUGUUUUCUCCUAUUCCAGAACCUGUGAAGAUGCCAGAGCCCCUUUCUAUAGAGCAGCGUUUCGAAGUGAUGCUAGAAGAGAAAGAAGAAGGUCAAACCUCAAAACCGACAAGAAAAGAAGAGAAUCAAUGAAGAAAAAGCUCUACUGAAGCAGUUCAUACGAGCAGAUUCCAUCCUGAGGAUCUGAUGUAACGUAGAUGUUUCUUGAUUCAAAAUUUUCUUAGGCUGAGCUUAGUUUUACUGAACCAUCAUUUACGACUUGGCAUUCUUUUUAGAUCAGUUCACCUUCAAUCUAAUUGAUACUACUGCUUUUUGAGUAGGCAUUAUAGAUAAUAGAUGAUUUGGUAUAGUAGAAAUUUUUAUUGCUAGUGGAGGGAACUACUGGAGCUAAUGGAGUUCCAUGACUGUUUCAUUUAAUCUGAAUGAGCUCUCUCGCACCGCAUUUCAU